AGUAAACUUUUCCUCAGAAAACAUCAAGUCAACACAGGCAAUGAAGCCUCUGUGGUUUAUGUUCCUGGUUCUCCCGGCGUUUCUGAACGUGGAAUUUUCCUGGUCACAGAAUGCAAUAAGAUGUUCCGUACCUCAGAUUGAACAUGGCCGUGUGGUUGGUACCGCUCAGGAGUACCAAGAAAAUGAAAUCUUAGAUUUUAGAUGUGAUCAAACUUAUAAACGGGCUGAUGAGAGAACUCCAAGAUGCACAAAAUUUGCAGGAAAAGCAGACUGGAGUCCCACACCUGCAUGUAAACCAAUUAAAUGUGACCUGGCUCUGGCAUCAAUCCCUGGGACGACCUACGACCCUUCAUACAAAAACAUGUUUUCACCUGGAGAAACAGUGAGAGUCACAUGUGGAGAGAAACACUGGAUUCUUGACAUGCAAACAACAGUGGCUGAUGUUACUUGUGGAAUCAGUGGAGACUGGGAUACGAGUCCGAUAUGCCAAGAGGUUACAUGCCCACGAUACAUAGACGAAGCACAUUUGUAUCGUUCUGUUAACGCUUGGGGCAGAAAUAAAAUAGGUGACAGAGUACGGUAUGACUGUGCCUACUAUUACGAUCCUGCAAGUUCAGACAGAAUGGCAACGUGCACCAGAGAGGGAUGGACACCGAAACCACUUUGUCGUGGGAGACAGUGUGAAAACCCUAACAUUGAAAACUCCAGAAUUACCAGAGGUAGUAAAAGAACUUACUACAACGGUGACCGACUCACAUAUGUAUGUUCGGGAGGGAAUCAGGAACCUGUUACUAUCACCUGUGAGCGAGGAGCCUGGGUAGGGAUAAAGCCAUGUCCAGAAGGGACAAGUUGCCAGAAACCUGAAAUUACAAAUGGAUUUGCAGUUGAACCCAGUAAAGGCACAAUUUAUUACGCAUGUAAUGAAAAUUUCAAACUUCCUACCAAAAGCUGGUGGGGUCUUGCCAAAUGUGAAAAUGGUGUGUUUGGCCAACUUCAUUCAUGUAUAGCAAAGACAUUGUGUGGAGAGGCUUCUCCAAUUUCCAAUGGAAAAAUGACCAUUUUAAGGACACGUGCUAGGAUUGAAUGCAAUGAAGGAUACGUUGCACAGAUUGCUGAACUGACUUGUGAUAAUGGAAGAUGGAAUUAUCAUGGGUUUACAGCAAAAACAAUCUGCCGUGCAACUGCUGAACACUGUGGCUCACCACCCAAAGUUGAGAAUGCAAUUGUCACCAUUUCAUACCAGAAGGAAUACUUGCAUGGCUCCUCUGUGACUUAUCUGUGCCGUGACAAAUAUAUGAUGGAGGAAGAAGCCUCCAUUACAUGCAAUGCUGGGAAAUGGGAAACGAGAAACAUCACAUGUGUCCGUAUGUGCAUGUUUCAUUCAAAAUGUUCUCCAAAUAUUAUUAAUGGCAUUGUUUUAGGCCUAAUCCCUGGGACGACCUACGACCCUUCAUACAAAAACAUGUUUUCACCUGGAGAAACAGUGAGAGUCACAUGUGGAGAGAAACACUGGAUUCUUGACAUGCAAACAACAGUGGCUGAUGUUACUUGUGGAAUCAGUGGAGACUGGGAUACGAGUCCGAUAUGCCAAGAGGUUACAUGCCCACGAUACAUAGACGAAGCACAUUUGUAUCGUUCUGUUAACGCUUGGGGCAGAAAUAAAAUAGGUGACAGAGUACGGUAUGACUGUGCCUACUAUUACGAUCCUGCAAGUUCAGACAGAAUGGCAACGUGCACCAGAGAGGGAUGGACACCGAAACCACUUUGUCGUGGGACACGGUGUGAAAACCCUAACAUUGAAAACUCCAGAAUUACCAGCAGUAAUAGAAGACCUUACUACAACGGUGACCGACUCACAUAUGAAUGUUUGGGAGGGAAUCAGGAAUCUGUUACUAUCACCUGUGAGCGAGGAGCCUGGGUAGGGAUAAAGCCAUGUCCAGCUCCUUCAAAUUGCUCAGCACCACCAGCUCUUGAAGAUGGAGACACCAAAGCAAUAAUCAGAUCAGAUUCAGAAUAUCAACAUGAUGAAAGAGUUGAAUAUCUGUGUCAGAAUAAGUACACUAUGGCUGGUGGCCCAUUUAAAACCUGUGACAACGGUGUAUGGAAAGGAGACAUCAGAUGCCUCAAGCCCUGCACCGUGACUCAACAAUUAAUGAACGAGCAUAACAUUCAGUUUGCACAUUUUGAGGACAGUAAGAUAUUUGUGCCGCAUACAGAUCACAUUGCAUUUGUUUGUAAAUCGGGGAAAAGACUCGAUGGCACAGUCCCGCUGCGUGUCCAGUGCAAUGAUGGUGAGAUUAACCUACCCACCUGCCAGUAAAAACUUUCAGUGAGUUUAAUAUGUAAAUGACUCACUACAAACAAUAAAGAAAAUUUCAAUUUCAAUUAAUAAAUGUUAGGUCUUCUGUCU